ACACAAGAACCAGUCGAAUUCGCAAUGUCUUCGAGAGAACAAAAAUUGGAUGCGCAUGCGAGGCCACCCGAGGAGCUGAAGAGUUUUUAUAAAAAGUAUCAGAAAUUAAAGGCAAAUGCUCUUGCUGAAGACGAUGCUCUGAUUGACCUUACGCGCAUUGACAGCUACAAUGCACUGAAGCUAUCACGCGAUAUUAACUAUAAAGGCGAUGUGUCAGUUACUGAGGAUAGUUCGCAAUUUCCUCGCUGUCAACUGGUAGAAAAUUUCAGAGCUCACUGUAGGGGAACCAUUCAGGAAUUUGUACAUAGGGAUAUGCCAGGUUUAAAGAUCAUUCCAAAUCUACUGCCGAAAUGCACGCAGGUAGACUUGUUAAAUGCGCUCGUCCAUCGAGAUGUCUCAAAUCCUGCUCAUCAGAGUAAUCUCCAUCUCCACUAUAACGUACAAUAUCCUGCACAGCAUGCGUCCUUUUUCUCUCUCGAUCCCUCGCUGGCAGAUUGUAUCCAGGAGCCCAAAGACCCGUCUGUGCACAAACCACUCAGUACACAGCAUAUGCUGAACAAAAAGCUACGCUGGAUCACCUUGGGGGGGCAGUAUGACUGGACGAACAAAGUCUAUCCUUCCGAACAGCCACCCCAAUUUCCCCCAGACCUUGCUGAAUUACUCCGUGUAAUGUUCCCACAGAUGAUACCGCAAGCCGCUAUCGUCAACUUCUAUUCGCCAGGCGAUACGCUCAGUCUUCAUCGCGACGUUGCCGAGGAGUGCAGUCGGGGACUCAUCAGCCUGAGCAUUGGAUGCGACGGCAUCUUUGUGCUAGGACUGGAGGGCAAAAUGGUUGCCAUGCGCCUACGGUCAGGGGAUGCUGUGUAUAUGGAUGGUGCUUCAAGAUAUGCCUGGCAUGGAGUGCCUCAGAUCAUCCCAAACACAUGUCCUGAGUGGUUGCGUGAUUGGCCUGGGGAUCAAUUCCAGGCCUGGCGAGGCUGGAUGGCGAGUAAGAGGGUUAAUCUGAAUGUGCGACAAAUAUGGGAUCAAAAUGAGGACGAUCAACGUAUUGAGUUAUGAUCAUGUAUCGAAAUCCGCUACAGGCAUACAGAACCUUCCAUUGUGCCAUGAGUAAAUCGCAGAGAAACAGUAUCAUGGUG